GAGCGGUUCUUUCUGACUUCCUCCCUGGGAGGCUAAAAUCGAGCUCAGAGCGAACCCGGAAACUUGGAACCUUUUGUCAGUCUAAUAAUGGGUGACUAAAAAAGCUUCUUGCAGAGACGGGGGGAAGUCUAUGAUCCCGUGCAGGUUACCGGAAGAGGUUUCUUUCCGGUCCGUCGCUGUCCUGGGAUUGCUUCCGGUGCGGUGUCCGCCCCCAGCAAUGGUGGCGGCAGCCCCAGCGACGGCGGCGCUCGGCGGCCGAAGAGGCGCGUUGUGAUCGCGGCUGCUUCUGCUUGCCCGCGAGGGAGAGCCGAGCCGGGCGAGGAAAGGACGCCGAAGACCCGCUCUUUUCGGCCGGCCGCCUAGUUUCGGUUUCCGCCGAGGCAACGAUGGCGCCGGUGCAACUGGAAAGCCACCAGCUGGUCCCGGCGGGUGGAGGGCCCACCUCGGCCCCAGCUCCGCAGCCUCCGGGAACGGCGGCGGCGGCGGCCAGCGCCGGCUUCCGACUCAGCACCCUCAUCGAUUUCCUGCUGCAUCGCACUUACGCGGAGCUCACCGUCCUGGCCGACCUGUGAGUGCCUGGGGGGGGGGGGGCUUGCCCACCUGCCUGCCUUGCCCACUUGCCUCCCCCCGCGAGACAGUUCACUCUCCGACGGACCCGUGUUAGGCGACCUUGGCUUAUGGAACGCCUCUUCCCCAUUCGCCCAGGAGGUCCUCCUCCUUUGUGGCUUGUUCUACGUGAUGGAGAAGGAGGGUGGUGGUUUGGGGAAGCCUGAUCUUCUGGUUCAGUUAGAAUCUUCAGACUCUCUUCGCACGCUGUGACUCUUAGGUGACCUGCCUAAGAGUCAUAUGUACACCCCAAAAUGUAAAGGGUGAAUAGAGUUAAACAAUCGUUCAAAAACUUGAGUGUCAUACAUACAAGUGCAUUUGUUAAAGAGCUGGAAUUGAUUCCUGGUUGAGUUUAUGUUUGCUGGCAAACCUAAUAAGGGCAUCAAGAAGAUAAGGGCUAAGUCUUAAACUAAAACUUGUGUUUGCUUGAUUGGAAAUACUGAAUAAAAAAAUUCCUUCCAGUAGCACCUUAGAGACCAACUAAGUUUGUUAUUGGUAUGAACUUUCAUGUGCAUGCACACUAGGGUGUAGGUGACAAGGGUGCUGUGCUCCCAGCUGGAUGCUGUAUUUUAGUUUGAAGGGUAGCCUCUUUUCACUGUAAGUCAUCUGGAUGGUACAGACCAUUUUGGUCCCGUGAAAGCUGUUCGUGUGUAGACUAUUGAGGGACAGAUACCGUUGGAAGCAACCUAUGUGUCUAGAUUGCAGCAAGGCCUUUGCUGUCUUUGUAUUAAACAGGUUUUUAAAAAGAAAUUGUAUUUAUACUUUUCAUGAAGUUUCUACAAUCUCCUGUCACAUAGCUGGAACUUCUGUGGUUGCUUUAUUGUGGCCUUUUAAAAUCACUUCCCGUUGUGGCUACAUCUUUGCAACAAGCUAUUCAUGGAACCAUAGAAUUGUAGAGUUGGAAGGGACCCCAAGGGUCUUCUAGUCCAACUCCCUGCAAUGCUGGAAUCUCAAAUAUUGUAAAUGAUGGACAAAGCAGCAGACCCUCUGUGUGGUCUCUGGAGUAUUUCUUGUAAGUAACAGCCCAGGUAAUGAAUAGAAGGUUGGUUGGAUGAGAUUUUUAAAUAAUAAAUAGCCUUAUUGAAGUUAAUAGCUUUAAUAUAUUCACAUCAACUACUUAUUUAGUCUCUUUCAGGAAUAUGCUCAAUUAGGUUCUUGGCUGUGAAAAUCAGGAUAAACCAAUUCCUUUUUUUACAUAUGCAUCUCCAUAUAAAUUAGACCUAUAGUCAUAUCUGCAAAUCUUUUCAAACUUAUUUGCAUUUUAGUUAAGCUGCAUUACUUUCAAUGGGGCUAAAUGGGUUCAAAAUAUGUUUACUCCACCUUAACUCGUUUGUGAUUCAUAGCACUAGCAAUAUAGGGCCCUCUACAAAAAUAUAUUUCAAUCUACUUUAAGUGUGAUAUUGUUAUCUUUUUUCUGUUAAUGCUUUUGUGGAAAUAUAACAGACCCUUUUAUUUACCUUAAGGUGGUGUGGAUAAAUGCUCCCAGAAUUUAAAAAAAAGUCAGUGUUGUAACUCAGCUUGUUUAAGCAUCACAAUAAUACAGUGCUGUUAGUAAUAGUAAAGACACAGGACAUGGAGAUCUGAAAUUGAAUGACUGCAAGUUCACGCUUUAUGAUGUCAGUCACUUGUAUUUGCACUGGUGUUGGAAAAACUUUUGGGGAAAUCAUCAUCUGUUUUCAGUUAUUUGGACACAUGAUAGACAUUUGUUUAUUAUCUGUGUGAAGAAGUUUGCAGUCACACACUGUAGGUAUCUGCCUAAGAUUUAAAUGUACACCCCAAAAUGUAAAAUGUGAAUGAGUUACAAGAUUGUUUAAAAACUUGAGAAUUGUACAAGAACUAUUGUCAGAGAGCUGAAAUUAACUCAUGCUUCCUGUUUAAUGUUUUUGUAGUAUUUGUCAAAACAUAAUAAUUUGAUCUUUUUUUUUCACCACUCCAACUCCCCUUCCCAACAGAUUACCAAGAAAAACAGAUAUGGAAAGGUGAGUAAUGACAAUUGAGGAGGAUUUGUAAUAAAUUUUAAUGAAAUUUAGGUAUUGAAUCACUGGGUCAAAUAUUUCCUUUCUUUAACUUUACCUGAGUUAAUAAUAAUAAUAAUAUAGUGUUUCAGUUUUAUUAAGUGCCUAGUUUGAAAUUCAAAACAUUUUGGGAUGGUUUACAUGUAAUGGCAACCAUGAUUUGAUGCCAGAAGAAUGAGCCUUGUGGUUUUAUUUCCCACCCCUGCCCAGCACUCUAACUGGAUGAAUUUCCUCUGUAGUACAGAUCUAAACUGCAUUCAAAUCAGAAAACCAUGGUUUGUGCUUUCCUCUAGAUCAGGAUUACUGGAUUAUGAAAUGUUGUAUGAGACUUCACACUAUUGCAGAGGAAAACUCUAUACCAGUAAAGGAUUAACAUUUGUGUAAUGUGGGUUUUCAAAAAAAAAUUCCUAUGUAACAUUAGGAUAGUUUGCACUGUAAAGUUUUCUAAUGCAAAUUAGGAGUCAGGUUUUCAAAUAGAGAACCCAUAAGUUUUAUCCACUUCAGAUAGAGUUAGCAGUUGAUAGGAGAUAUUCGACUUGUUUGAAUAUGGGUAGAAUUAUGGCCUCAUGCAGAUCCUGCUUCAGAAUUAUUUCUGAAUACUAAAUGUUGGUCAUGAUGUGAAACCGUGGGGUUGCAAACCAUGGUUUUUAUUAACUGUAUAUCAAUGAUAUAUCUGCACAGAGUAUGGUUAGGAAAAUUAAUCCACCUCUCCAGCGUCUCCUUAUAAGAUAAGAAAUAGGUAUUGCUGGUGUCCCACUAUACACAUCAGCUGAGGGCAGAACUAACUUUGCCAAACUAAACCAUAAUCUCUUGUACGUCUGACAUGUUAACCAUAGUUAAGUUUAGGUCAGCAUUGGGUCGUGCAGCUCUCUGUGCGACUUCACUUGUAUUCUUUGAGGAUUUCUUCUAAAACUGUGAGCUUUGUAAUGCAUAGAUAUUUAUCACACAGUUAAACCCUGUAGCAGUGUUCUGGCCUUUGCCUGAAGGUGUAUAGGGUUAAAUUGGGGCAGGACACAAAGUCGUCCCUCCAGAAUUUCCAGGCUGUCACUGCUGAUACUUGCCAAUGACUGUAACUCAGCUCUGAAGAGUUUUUCCUGCUUUUUUUAGUGCGGCUGCUUUAGGGAAUGUUUUAAUUAACUAGCGUGCUGUCCUUCAUUGAAAAUGAAUGCUUGCAGCAGUGCUCUGGUAAAACUGACUAGCAAGUGAGUCCAUAAAUCUCCUGCAUGUACUAUUUUAUUUGAGAAAAUUAGUUAAUUGGCCUCCAGUUGUUGUUGUUGUUGUUGUUGUUUUUAAAGCUUGGCAAUCUAUAAUCAAUAAAAUUAGAUAGCUCAGACAUUACAAAAGCAGUGUCAACAAAAUGGAAGGCAACUGCACACAAUUAAACUACUUAAAGGACAAUAGAAAAGAGGGGGAAAUAAUUUAUUUUCUACUAAAAUACCAAUAUUGAAGUGGUCUGGGAGACCUCUUAAGAAGCUGGUUUGAGAGCCUUGCUGUAAGCCCCAUGCAUGAGAAGGAGCAAGAAUAGUGGUUGUUGCAUAGGACACUGUCCAGAGGGGCAGACAAAGCAAGGACACAUGGAGGACUCUUGGAGGAUCAGGCCACCAAUAACUGUUAGUCAUUAUGGCUAUAUAGUAAUCCUGCUUGUGGGCUUCCCAUAGGCCUCUGGUUGGUUGCUGUGAAUGGCAGGCUGAAUCUGAUAGGCCGUUGGUCUCAACAGGGCUCUUAUGUUCGCAAGUUUAAUCAUGAGAUUGACAUGUUUCUUGCAGCCAAAACCUCCGUUGUUGUUUUUUUGACAUAAUAAAUAAUGACCUUUCCUGAAAUUCUACAAAUCAAAGUCAGCAGAAAGCCAGCAGUUUAAAUGUCAUGUUUUCCACAUAUAAGACAUAAAACUUAGAAAGCAGACUAUUAAUAUUUAAAACUUGCAGUGUCAUGUUGUGCAUUUAUAUUGAACAAUAAGUGGGCUAAAACUAAAAAAUAUAUACUAGUAAUAUGUAGCAUCUGUACGCAACUAACUAUGGGGCUAGUGCCAAUAACUAGCCCCAUAUGAUGGCUUUAUUACUGGGCGUGUAAUACCCAGUUGGAUCGCAUGCAAAACAGAUAAUUGCUUUGGAACUAGUUUGAUAAUCUAUGAGAGUUCCUUCAACAAAGUUGAGCAUAUAUACAUGAGACGGUCAAGUUUCAUGUAUACUACCAGCAGUGAGCAAGGGAAACAGGGCAUGUUGGGGGCAGUAGAAUCAUAAAUGCCCUUGUUCCCUUGAAACCCCCUUUCCCCCCUAAAUAGAAUGGAGCCCUAGCUAUGCCAGCAUUGGCAUAAUGAAGUGCAGUGUGCUGCAUUGUGAGGUGGGAGCAGGGGGAAGUAAAGCCCCUCCCCCCAAAAAAAGGAAAGGAAAGGAAAGGAAAGGAAAGGAAGAAAAUUGUAGAGCACCAGCACAGAAGUACAAUAAAUCAAUCAAUUAAAAAAUUGGAAGCGGUAAUAAAGUAAAGUAAAGGGGUUGUGUUCAUGUGAGAGUGUGUAUAAGAGUGUGCAGGCAGCCCCUAGAGGGUUCACCGAGAGUGAAUGCAGACUUUUGGCCAAAAAGAGUUAUCUAAUGUGUCCGAUUGCAAUGCUAGUCUAGUAUCUCAUUCUGCAUCUGGAAUAAUUAUUGGCAUAUCUGAUUCCCCCUUUCAUGUGCUGCUUUUUUCAAAAUAAUUGAACUACAGAUUUUCUAAUGCAAUUUGCUUCUUUACAGAAAAAUAGAAAUAGUGCAGUUUGCAAGUCGCACACGGCAGCUGUUUGUCCGAUUGUUAGCCUUGGUAAAGUGGGCAAAUAACGCUGGAAAGGUGGAAAAAUGUGCGGUAAGUUUGAUACUAUUCAUUAGCUCUCAGCUGAAAUUUACAGAGGCAAGGGAUGGCUUCUGUACUUCACCCAGCUGAGAAAAUUGAGAAAAUGGGUCAUUCAUUCAUUCAGCCUUUAUUGGCAUAAUUUAGACAAUAAGAUCAUAAAAGCGGAGGAGGAACCAUCCAUAAAGCAUUGAGGGAAUAGUUACUGACAUUCCACAUGUUCAAAUAUAGUGGUCAUAAAUUUCAAAAUUAUUUUUGGUAAAAAAGUUAUGAUUUCAUUUUUUUUAAGAUGCAGUGAAUGAUUGUCUCUUGGAAAACUUGCCUACAGCUGGGUGGACUAGAAACAUCUGAAAAAUAGCCUGUUCGUGGUUUUAUUCCUGAUCUUUGAUAUAGCAAAAUCUUCUGUUUUCAGAAUGUAGUUCUGCAGUUAGUUACAAACUAAUGUAGAAUAACAAAUGACAGCUAAACAAAAUUCUGUAUCAUGAUGUAGAUUUAUAUUAAAUGUUGACAUGCCCCCAUUAUUGGGAAAUGUUUCAGUAUGGUGCAUGUAAUACUAUUGGCAUCAUAUUUGCAGAAAUUGUUCCUGUCCAAGAUCCUUGCUUAAUUUUAUGUACCUUUAAGGUGUUACUGUAACAAUAAAGAGAAAUAAGUCAUUUAAAGUGAAUACAUGCUCCUAAGUGAUGUUUGGAGCUUUGCCAUGAUUUCUUAGGCUUUUCUAGUUUUAGGUUAGCAGUUUAUAUAUUGUGCAAAGAUUUUGGCCUGGUCAGGCUUUUCUUCCUGACCUCAGCUUCUCUCUAGCCUUCUGCCUGGUUUCAUACUCUGCCCCCACCCCUAUUUCUUCUCCCAACACCUUGCCCAGCUGAGCUGUCACUGGCUCUUAGUAAUCAGAAAGCACUUCAUGUAGGUAAACUGAAUUUUUGCCAGUAGUUAGUCUGUUUCCUUUGGACACAGGUCAGGGUGGUCCCAGUGUUACAUUUCUUGUCAUUCUGACUGUCUUGAACAGUGGGCUUGUUAUCUUUCCCACUGUAUGACACUGCUGUAUGUAUUUCUUGGAUAAAUCAGUCUACAGUGGUACCUCCGAUUGCGCAUAGGAUCCGUUCUGGAGCUCCGGUUGGAUCCCGAGGAAUUUGCAACUGGAGGUGCCGCUUCUGCGCAUACGUGCAGUGCGGUAGAGCACUUCUGCGCUUGGCGCGUAGAGCGCUUUUGCGUGUGCGCCUGCAACGAAACUCUAAAAAAUACUUCCGGCUUUGGCACGUUCACAUCCUGAAGGAUACGCACCAGAGGUGUGCGUAUCCACAGGUACCACUGUAUAUGUAUAAGGGUGUUCUUUAGGCCAUAUAACAAGAGCACCACACACACGCUCUUUUUUCCUUUUUGGUCUUCUCUUCCCUUGGUUUUCUUUUAGGGCUACUUCCAGAGCUAUAAUUUCCAAAUUGCCUCUUAAAGGCAUGCUCUUGUCCUCCUGGCAGCUUUAGGUCUUUGAAAGGGUCUAUAGUAUGAUAAUAUAUUUUUGAAAAGUUUACUUUACCUUUUAUUAUUUAUUUAUUAUAUUUGUUUACUGCCCUUCAUCUGAAGAUCACAGGGCAGUUUACAUCACAAUUUAUUUCACAGAUCAGCUGCAAUGUUUAUUCCACCAAAGACUUUGACAUUUUGAACAGGAGGUAUAUAGUUGGCUUUUAUGGAGGAGUUUAGAUGUGGGUAAAUAAUUUUAAAUUAAUUUAUAUUUAUAUUAUAUUAUAUAUAUUACAGAUGAUAUCAAGCUUUCUUGAUCAACAAGCUAUUCUGUUCGUGGACACUGCUGAUCGUUUAGCAUCACUAGCCAGAGAUGCUUUGGUCCAUGCUCGUCUGCCCAGCUUUGCUAUUCCAUAUGCUAUUGAUGUACUGACAACUGGGUCAUAUCCACGGCUACCAACAUGUAUACGGGUAAAUUGCUGUAUAAUGUAAAAACAACAAAAGACUUAGACCUCUGUCCCAGUUUGCUUUCAGCAGGAGCUUUUUCCUCGCAGCCUUGUUGCAUUGGAUAAAAGGCUUAUGUCUGAGAUAACUGAUGCCAAAUACUUCUCACUGGCCUAAGACACCUUAGUUGGCUGAAUCAUCACCAAAUAAGAUUCUUUUAAUCACUGGUAUAUUUAAAAAAAAACUUUUUAUUUUGAACAUUUUAGAGUCAUGAUUAAAAAAUAUGGCCCUUGCCCUACUGCUCACUGUUUAAAGGCUAAAAUUAGCAGGUUUCUUUGGUACAGAUAGAUAUAUUUAAGACAUUGUUUGUUUGUUUGUUUGUUUGGCUUAUCCCUGUAAACAGGGCUUGGUUCCAAGUAAAUAAGCAAGGGCCACCAGGUUUCCAUGAUGUGGUUUAUUUCAUGUUUCCUUUUCUGGGUUUUGAUUUGCUGUGUUAACUUACCCAUUAUGAGAACCCUACACCCAUUAUGAGAGCCUUCUUUCCCCCUCUAUCUAGUCCUUUUCUGUCAAAGGCUCAAGUCAUUUCCACUAUUGUUUAUUUUAACAACAGCAAAGGCCAAACUAUCUUGUGUGUUGCGUUGUGAAGGCCACAAAAUUUGUACCUUCACUUAUAAAAGCGGAUGAUAUUUUGUGAGACUCAACUUUUAAAAGAAAAAAGUAAAAAAAAAAUCCAUGAAACCGUAGUAAGUCCUUUGCAUGAGCCCAGGCCGUUGUGGAUCUAUAACAUGGAUGAUGAGGUUUGUCCUUGCAGUUUAUUCAUGUUUACAAAAUGGUUAAAUGAAUUCGGGAUAACUUAAAUUAGUAUGUAAAAAUGCACAUUUGUAACUUUACAGGACAAAAUAAUUCCUCCUGAUCCAAUAACAAAAGUUGAGAAACAAACAACGCUCCAUCAGUUAAACCAGAUUCUUCGCCACCGACUGGUGACAACAGAUCUUCCUCCACAGCUGGCAAAUCUUACAGUUGGUAAGCCAUUGCACUGAUCCCUUCACUCCUUUAGUUCAUAGAAUCAUAGAAUUUUAGAGUUGGAAGGGACCCAAGGGUCAUCUAGUCCAACCCCCUACAAUGCAGGAAUCUCAGCUAAAGGAUCCAUGACAGAUGGAUUACUCUCAGCUAAUUAAAAUGUGUAAUAAAGAUUUAUUGAGAGUAACUUAAAAGGAAUGUCUGAAACUCAAAACUACCAGAAAGAGGAGUCAUUAUUGCUAGAGGAAAGGGAAUCUUUUCCAUAUCCCCCCCCCCUUGUUGUUUUUUAAAACAAACAAACUGGAGUUUUAUUUUGCUUAUGCUUUGUUUCGCACUAUGUAUGGUUUCUGUUUCUAGCUAAUGGUCGUGUGAAGUUUCGUGUUGAGGGUGAAUUUGAGGCUACUUUGACAGUGAUGGGAGAUGAUCCUGAUGUCCCAUGGCGUCUUCUCAAACUGGAAAUUCUGGUUGAAGAUAAAGAGACUGGAGGUAAUGCCCAUAGGCAUUAUGAUAGAUCUAAUGCUUAUGACUUGGGGCACUCAUCUAAACUGAUACACUCCAUUAACCUCUUCUAUUAAAGUAAAUUGAGCUGUUUUCAACCAUGCCAUCUUAAAUGUUGAUGGUGUCUGCUCUUCAGCAUGUUACUCUGUAUCCCCAGCUGCGUGUUCUCAAAGGGAACAUUGCAUCAGAAGCCACUCUCCAAGCAUUAAUACUUUAUACUUUCCACUAUUGUUUGAGGCUUUUAAUAAACCUUUUAAGUAGUGUUACAUCAUCUUAAAGAUUCAUAAAAAACACAAAAGAUUCAUUUUCUUUUCUUUUAAUGGAAGAUGGUCGAGCUUUAGUUCACAGUAUGCAGAUCAGCUUCAUCCAUCAGUUGGUCCAGUCCCGGCUCUUUGCUGAUGAGAAACCUCUGCAGGACAUGUACAACUGCCUACGUAUCCUUUUCAAUGACUUUUUGUGAACCCAUAGAACUAGCUCCCAAUCUGAGAUGUGAAAUGCAGGGUAAGUAUAUUUUUAGAUGGUAAGGAUUGUUUGGGUAGUUGACUCAGUAGAUUGUAGAUAUACUUAUGUGUUGGAAAAACACCCUGGGGGUGCCUGCAAGCCCCCGGAACUCUGAACAUCCUCCGUUAUGUGCAGCUCUCGAAAAGGCAUCUCCCUUCUCUUCCAGUGUGCUUCUAGCAACAUACAUCAUAAUGAUAUAUGCACACUAAGCUUCUGGCAUAACACAGCAAGAAGCGUUAGACAUAGGAGCUAAUCUACUAUUUAUUUACACACUAUGUACAGACAAAAGCAUAAUGGCUUCUGUUCUCUCCAGCUCCAAGAGAACAAAACAGGAAAAAAAAUGAAAGCGAAAGUACAGUGUAAUAGUACCCGCAGUGGAAGAGAUAAGACUUGUCUUCCUUUCCCAGACUCAUCCAAGACAGGCAUGUGAUUUACAACAAUCUCAUCUGCAGCAUCGGAGGAGUGAAAUUGCUAACAUGAAGCUGCAGCUGUUCCUUAGGCCCUGAUCUGCUACUGCUUGUUAGUCUCUUUCUCCCUCUUUUUCCUCACACAGAAGGAUCUGGAACACCUUCAGUUAGAGCAGGGCCAUAAAUGAGUUACAAAACACAAUGACAGCUGCACAUGUUGGUAGUAUUCCUAUUGCAUUUCAAAGUAUUCUUUAGUAAAGGAUUUUUAAAAACCCUUUUCUUUUGAUGAAGAUGACUUUGCAUGAUUUUUCCUCCCAAGCAGUUUUUAUUAAGGAAUAUGAUUUCUUCCACUUCAUUGGGAAGAAUUGUUUGAAGUGCCUUUGGAAUCAUACCAAUUUGUGCUGCCUGGUUUUGCUGCUUGGUGUCCUUUUCUAUGUAGCAGAUUCUGUGUUUUUUGGAUCUAAACCCAAUCAAAAUGCUUUUUCUUCACCUGGGUGCUAGAAUCCUUCUAUCUGCCAAUGCUGAGAACACUGAUGGUGCCUUCUGACUUGAUAGUGGGAAAGGGAAGCAAACAUUAGUCCGUUUCUUUCCUUAGUCCUGGGGAACAGGGGAAGUAGGGUGGAAGGGAAGAGUGAGCACUAUCCUUUCUCCCUGCUCGAACUUUGAGAUUUUGGUUGUAUUCUGUACUAAAUACAAGAGAUUAUUACUUGGUGUUCCUGGUAACCUGAGUAGCUAUUGAGCUGGGGUAGGGAGGUUGGCAUUGGGUGUCCUCAGUAUGGUGUAAUGAUCACUGUAAGCUUAAAGGUAAAUGGACCCCUGACCAUUAGGUCCAGUCGUGGAUGACUCUGGGGUUGCGGCGCUCAUCUCGCUCUAUAGGUCGAGGGAGCUGGCGUUUGUCCGCAGACAGCUUCCAGGUCAUGUGGCCAGCAUGCCUAAGUCACUUCUGGCGAACCAGAGCAGCGCACAGAAACGCCGUUUACCUUCCCACCGGAGCAGUACCUAUUUAUCUACUUGCACUUUGAUGUGCUUUUGAACUGCUAGGUUGGCAGGAGCAGGGACUGAGCAACAGGAGCUCACCCCAUCAUGGGAAUUCGAACUGCCGACCUUCUGAUCGGCAAGCCCUAGGCUCUGUGGUUUAACCCACAGUGCCACCUGCACUUAUUAACAACAUAAAAGGCUAGGCUAGGGAGAAAUCUUCAACUUAUGGAAACCACAUGUGCCAAACACAGUUGGGAAAGCAUACAUAUAACUGUCACAUGAAUAAUGUGUUAAUACUUUUUAGAUAUGUUUGGGAGGUAAAGUAAGUAAUUUGGAAAAGAAGGCCUAGAUUGAACACAUUUAUUCUAAGUAUAGCAUCUCAUCUUAAUAUGUAAGUUGCUUGGUGUGGAUGGAACAUACAUAUUACAGAAUGACAGCAUUUUGUCAUUGAACCCAAGACACCAUACAUAUAGUUCCCAAGUAAUCACUAUCCAGGCACUAACCAGAGCUGCUUAGCUUUAGCAUGCUGGUGGCCUACAGACCUAAACCCUUGGAUAUUCUACAGUAGAUCCUGUUUGAUUAUAUGGGGGGGGGGGAGGGCUUGGAGGGAGAGAGAUUCCACACAAGAAACCGUUCCCUGGUGUGACUGUCAAGAAUUGCUUUAAAAUCUGCUUAACAAGACCAGUGUUGACUUACCAUGUAUAUGAGUGUGUACAAAGGCCAGCAAGUCUUUGGUUUAGUGUAAGUUGAGAACUAUCAAAAGUUCCUCCAAUAUUUUACUGCAUUUACUUAACCUGAAUUCUUUAGACUCCUUCUGCUUGUCACUGCAGUUGGAAGUUUUGCAUUCACAGACUUUAAUGCUGGUUCGAGAGCGCUGGGGUGAUCUUGUGCAAGUGGAAAGAUACCAUGCGGGCAAAUGCCUCUCUCUUUCUGUCUGGAAGUAAGUGAAAAAAUUCAUGAGAUCUGUAAAUGUUCGAUUGAAAUAUUAAAUCUCAAGUAAAGCUUGGAAACUUCUAUACAGUACUAGCAUAUUUAGAUGCCAUAUUAUAUUAAUUGCCUUUUACUGAAGCAUAGGAAUUGCUGAUCUUUUGGGUUUAGAGGGGUUAUAUUAGUGUCAGACAAAUAAUGCAUAAUUGGUUUUUGGAAUAUAGACAUUUAUGAUGAUCAUUUCUGGCCUUUGAUAAGGCUAUUGGUCCAAUAAUGUUAUUAAUUAUCAUAACAUAUGUUGCAGCCAAAAUAUUUGCAGUUAAGAUUAACGUCUUGUUUAUAUUUAAUGGUACCUUAAAACAACGCGUUUAGGCUGUUUUUUGCAUGCUCACUCAGUCAAGUUUUGCUUUAUAGAUAAAGCCAUCGCAGUAUUUCAAGCACUAUCCAUCUGAAACACAUAGUCAAAACAGUAAAUAUUCCCAGGAUGUAUUCCAAAUUAAAUAAAAAAAAUUGCACAAGGAUGAAACACAGAUAAAACAUAGCAUUAACGUAGUCUCAACAAAAGUUAAGAGGCAUGGGAAAAUAAUAAGGGGUUGUGCUGGAAGUCAGAGUUGGCAUCAGCUGAGCCUCCCCAAAUAACAUUUUCAGGUGCAGCAGAAGAAAGAAGUAGACAAUGGUGAUUGUCUAGAUUGAGAUGGCAUCUUAAGUUAGGCUUUAUAUUGGAUCCCACAUGAAAAACAAAGCUUUCAAGAAUUUGAAGCAGCAAAUUGUAGUGAUUCAUAGGCUGCUAUAGGUGAUGGUUGUGUAUCUGUGAGAGGAGUUUGAUAGUGGUUCUUUAGAGACUUGAUACAGGAAUAGGGCGCUAAACUUCUUGGCACAACACAAUUGUAUGGUAUUGUUUCAUGGUAUGAAACUGUAAAUAUUAUUCAUGUGUUUCAGUAUUCUACAGAGGGAGUCUUUCGGCUUCUUUAUCAGCUAACACAACAUUUCUGUAUUAAGCCAACAGGUGGUUGGGAGAAAAACAGGAACUGCAUCUCUUCAUAAGGUCACCAUUAAGAUAGAUGAGAAUGAUGUAUCAAAACCUUUGCAAAUUUCCCAUGAACCUCCCCUUCCAGCCUGUGAUUCCAAACUAAUUGAAAGGGCUAUGAAGGUAAAUAUUGCCAGGUGAAGUUGGCAUAUAAUUUUAAUCGAUCAUUGUUUUUAAAAUAAAUCUCUCUUAAGCAAUGUAUUGUGUUUGGGUUAUAUCCCAGUCAUUUGAUGUCAUAAUGAUAUGUGAUUGACAGGUGGGUGGGUCAUCCACCUGUCAAAAAUUGGCCCCCAGCCCCAUUUCUGACUUGGGUCCAUCCCAUGGAGUCCAAACAGUGCUUAAACAUUCCUUUUACAAUCUUGCCGCCACCUCCUAAGUGACUGAAACCCAAAAGGUAUGUUGGGUGGGAGGCAUAUGUUACAAAUCAAUUGUCUGAAUCCAGGAAGGCUAACUUGAGACAAAGGCCAGAGUACCUUUCUUCUUUAAAAAAACCCAAAAAAAAAACCCCCCACCUACCGCAAGUUAGAUGAGCUUUGGGCCAUUGCUGUGAGCAGUGAAGAUUGUGGACUCUCUGAGGGGAUCACAGAGAGGAGCAGGAGGAGGGGUUUGCAUGCAAAUUGCCACUUGGCUGGACUGCACAUGAAUCAACUUAGCACUUUCCCCAUCUCAGCCCAUUUUUUUCAAAACCUGAUUGCAGUAAAGAUUGCAGUCGUUUGGUAAGCCUGUGGGUAGUUAAGUAAAUUAUAAAUAGCUGAUCAGUUUUGAAGAGCCUUAUUACUUUGAUCUUUGUCGUGUUGGAAACUGGGGGAUGGCAGGCUAGGGUUCCAAAUCACAAAGUUCAUUUCCUGUUUGGAGUUUCAGAAAAGGACUCUAGUUGUCUGUGAUGGAAAGGCAUUGUUGCUUCACUAACCAGGCUGCAGAGAUACUUCCUUCAUGUGGUCUUGUUGUAUAGAAAUCAACAUGCUGGAUUUAAGAAUAACUUUCUAAAGUCUAACCCUUUUUAAAGUUCUUAAAUCCAACAUGCUGCUGAUUUUUGUGAAACAAGGCCAGUAUGGGAAGUUUGCCUGAGCAGCUCAAAACACAUAGUUUUUAACUGUGAACCUUUUUAUAGUACAUAUAAAAUACAGAAUAACUGCUUUUUCUUUCUUUUUUUAUAUAGAUAGACCACCUAUCAGUAGAGAAGCUUCUGAUAGACAGUGUCCACGCAAGAGCUCAUCAGAAACUCCAGGAAUUGAAAGCCAUUCUUAAGAAUUAUAAUGUCAAUGACAAUUGUAAGUGAUGGUAUCUGAACUACAUUGAAUUGGGUGGGGGAGGGAGGGGAUGUUGUUCUACAUUUUUAUGUGCCCUUUAUUAACUUUCUUCAAAACCAGAAAUUCCUCUGCUAGCCUGCCUCUGCCUAACCUAACCAAAGUUGUUUAAUGCACUUUGAACUGAAUGCUUCCUUUGGUCCUUCAUUGCCUUGAGCAUCCCCUAGGAGAGUGACAAAACUUGAGAAAGAAAUGAAUGGCAAACAUUUUCUUAUUUCUGUGAGGCAACUAUAAUGAUAUGUAUAACUAGUGCUUUCCUUUGGAAUUGAUUUUGUCGCUUUUUAAGCUCUACUUAAAUGAUCAGUGAGGAUGGGGUUUGGAAAUUUUCGUAUUUCAUUUGACUUGCAUUUUAGCUUCUUAAACACAACUUGCCUGUGCCUGAUAUUGAAAAACUCUUCCUGUCUCAUUGUCUGCCCUGUUCAGAAGGGUUCUUGACCUUCAUGAAAGGUUUUUCAGGGGGCUUGGGUAGGUAUAGGUAAGAGGGGGUGAGAAAGUCUUUUUCAACCAACUGUCUUCCAUGAAUGCUUUUUUAGAUUGCAGGUCAUAGGAGACACAUAGGGGGGAUUCCCCUUCAUACUUUGAUAUAGCAAACUCUCUCCUUCCAAUCCCUCACCCAGGUCCUGAAAUCUCAAAAUGAGAGCUGCAUAAUUGUGAUUUUGGGGUUGGUGGGAAUGGGUGUAUGGUGCCUUAUAUGGGAAAAAGCAGCUGGCUUUUUGUUAUCUUUGAAAUUUAUUAAUUAGUGUACAUUCAAGUUAGUGAACAAGGGUAUUAUAUAUCCAAACAAGCUGCCAAGGAAAAGGGCAAAGUUAGCAAGAAUAGCAUACCUUUAAACAAAUGGUCAUUUUUUUGUGCUCACCAUAAUCUUAAUUGAAUAAAAUAGCUUUGAUUCAAAAGUACUUUAUUUAUGAUGGGGCUGUGAAGGCUUUUUUAGUUCCGUUUUAUUACUCUGAAGUCUCUACAUUGCUUAAUCAAGUAAAACUUUGUACCUUGAUUUAUGAAUUCUUGAUUCUUUAAUUUUAGCUUUUAUAGAAACGGCUCUCCCCACACUUGUCAUCCCUAUUCUGGAGCCAUGUGGUCGAUCCGAAUGUCUACACAUUUUUGUAGACCUUCAUUCUGGAAUGUUUCAACUAAUGCUUUAUGGGAUUGGUAUGUAAAUAAAACUUUCAGGUGCUUCCUUCUAAUACCUUCCUUAGUAGAAUUCAACACUCUAUUUUUGGCCUUGAUGCAAAAAAUGAAAAUUGAAUCUUCUGGUUGGCUGGCUGGUUGGUAAGGAUGCAGGAGUAGAGGUGAAUAUAGAUUAACAUUGUAUUCAGUGAAUUAACAUGCAGCUUACUUAAAGCACAGUGCAGUGUGAUGUUUUAAGCUGCCCAACAAAGGAAGUAGUUAUGGCUAGCAGCUUAACUGAAGCUGAAAAGAGUAUGGUGAAUUUGUAGAAUGUAUUUUGCAAGUGACCUGAUUUCAGUGAGCUGAGAAAUGCAUAAGCCUUUUGCUCCUUCCUUCAUCGCACAGUUUGAUAAGCCACAAAGUCCCUAAUUAACUGUAGUUUACUGCUUCAGGUGCAAAACAAAACUUACUUGGUUACAAGCUUUGGGACAAGAUCCUGGCUUGCUCUGAAGCUUUUAAUCAUGGUUUCCUGGUUAGGACAAAACGGGAAACUGUGGUUCACUAGGAAUGUUCUGGCUUAUAGAGGACUGCAAAGGGACUAUGUGCAUUAAUGAAAAGGUUAUUUGUAUCUUGGCUUAGUAAGGUGAGACACAACUGCCUGAAUGGGGCCUGUGUGAGUGUGUGCGCGCGUGUGCACUGAAAUUGCAUGUUGAACUGUCUUUUAUGGCACUUCUUGCAGAGGGUGGUUUGAUUUUUAAAGCACCAUAAACCUAUGCGUGUGCUUUGACUUACCACUCUGGAUUUCAUUGUUCUGGAUAAAUGCAGAAAAUGCCACAUUUGAGUAGUAACUAAUCCUGUUUCCCUGCAGACCAGCAAACGCUGGAUGACAUAGAGAAAUCGGUCAAUGAUGACAUGAAACGCAUCAUUACAUGGCUCCAGCAGCUCAAGUGAGUAAUAUGUAGCUAUUCCUGUUGGUGCUAUGCCUAUUCUUUGCCUCCAGAACUGUGAAAAUAACACUCACUUCCAGAAACUAUUUUUGAAAACUAAACUUCUUCCCCUUCCCUUACUCAGGGUAAGAUAUUUAUGUAGAAGGUUGUUGUCCUUUAAACUCUAUGCCAGUUUCCCUUCUUUUUAUUGUUAAUUGCAAAAGACAUUGUUGCAAACUUGCUGAUCUUACAAGAAACUGGUAAACCAUUCAAUGUGAUUAUACUCUAAUUAUAGUCCCCUCGACUCCACUGACUUUACUGACUUCACUUGCCUUUACUGUGACUUUAUCUCCCUUCCCAUCUCCCUUCUCCUCAAAUCAGUCUGCCUUCUUGCUCUGAGUAGCAAGAAGGCAGACUGAUUAGUAGCUAGUUAGUAGCUAAUAAUAAUAAUAAAAUUUAUUAUUUAUUUAUACCCCACCCAUCUGGUUGAGUUUCCCCAGCCACUGGGCAGCUUCCAACAAAAGAUUAAAAAUACAUUUAAACAUCAGUCAUUAAAAACUUCCCAUUAAAAAGUUUGGUCAAGGGGGCAAAUAAAAUCACUUUGUAAGCUGUGUAUCACUAAGCUCUUUAGAAUUUUUCAAGAGUGCCAACAAAUGUGUGGUGAAGGGGUAAUCUAGUAGACAUUGUCAAAAGCUUUUUGAAAAUCUAAAUAAAGUCCCUCACAAGAGGCUCCUGAGAGAAUUUAGUCAUGAGAUAAUAGGACUGGUCCUCUUAACAGGAAGCAGCGAGUAAGAAUAAAUGGACAGUUCUUGUGGUAGAGGGGUGUAAGAUAUGGGGCACUCCAAAGUUCUGUAUUGGGACUUUGGCUUUUUAACUUGUUCGUAAGUGUUGGAUGAGAUGGUCAAGAUAACAUUAACAUCACCAAAAUGGGGGGGGGAUGGGUAAAAAAGGUCAAAUAUGAUUUACUGUGAAGUGAUGCACACACUAAAGCAAAAGACUAAUUUGUAUUUGCUACCACAGAAUGUGGCAAUGAGCCACCAACUUGGGCUUUGAAAGAGAAAUAGGUAAAUUCGUAGAGGUUAAGGCUGUCAAUGGUUAUUAGUCAUGAUGGGUAUAUACUUCCUCCAGGGAUGCCUCUGAAUAUCGGUCGCUGGGGAACAGCAGCUGGAGAGAACAGCAGUUCUCAAGUUCUGCUUGUGGCCUUCACAGAGGCAUCUGGUUAGCCAUUGGUUAGAUAAAACUUUAGAUCUGGUCCAGUAAGGUUCUUACAGACUUGUGAACCUAGUUGCCAUUUUGGCAAAGCUGUUAAAAUUUAAAAUAUUGCAGCAAUGUGGCUUUGAAAGUGGAAGGCUCUCUAAAAAUGUCCUUAUUUACUUCCAGUAACUUUAUUUACAGAUGCAACAGAGCAAAAGAACAGUGUUCAUGCUAGAAUCCCUUGUUUAAAAUAUUUAGGUUUGUUUGUGAACAUAUUAGUUAAUAAUUUUAUUACCAACUGGUGCCCACAGUUGAUAAAUAACUCAAUUACUAUGUGAUAUUUUAUACCAAGGAGAGAAGCAAUUGGACAUUUAAAAGCAAAAACAAAAGCAGAUUGCAAGCUACUUUUGGUAGGCACUAACAUCCCUACUAUAUAUUAAGUACCAUAUAAAUUAUCCCAAAUAAGAAUUGUAUUUGUGUAACUUGCAAGUCCCCAAAUGGGACAGUCCUAUAUACAAGCAAAAUCUCAUAAGACUUGCUAAUGUUGGGUUUGUGUUGUGAAUACACAUGUAAAAACCUCCAUUCCUAUAGUUAUGAGUCAGUAAACAUGGGUUUUCUACCAUAUGUACAGUUACCAGGCAGCUGCAACUGAUCUUAUGCAAAUGUCAAGUGUGUGUGUAUAAGGUACAUAAACAUGUCUGCCAUCUUCACAUCUUCCUUUUGAAGUACACAUGUAAAGUAUUUUAGAUGUGCACCCAAAAAACCCAGAAUUUGUAUAGUAGCCCUGUGAGAACAACUUUUUUUUUAAUGCAAGUCCUGUUCUGUUCUGCAUGAUUGCAAUGAGGUCAAAAGCAGUCUAGAAGGCAAAUUAGCAAUGCUACACUCUAUCUAAUGCAGAAGUGCCAAUGUUUUUGUAUGUUCUUUUUUUUCAAUUAAGGUUUUGGCUUGGACAGCAGCGUUGCAAACAAUCAAUAAAACAUUUGCCUACAGUCAGCAGCGAAACACUGCAGCUAGCUAAUUACGCUAUGCACCCUGUGGGAAAUCUCUCCAAUCACAAACUCUUCAUCAAGCUCACCCGACUUCCACAGUACUACAUUGUAAGUGAAUGUGGAAUCUUCUUAUGAACUGGACCCUUAGAAUGAAGGAAGCAAAAUGUAAUAGGCUAAGCUGUGACUACUGCUUUGAUUUUUACCACUUUGAAUUGCCAGAACAUUGCAAACUAGCAGUUGGGAAUUUAAUUUAACACUGGCAAUGGCAAACUUCUAUAUUUUAAUUUGGGGACACUGUUUUUGACAAAAUUACGUAUUGCACAUAUUGUUGAGUCCAGCAAUGUAGUAAGGAAGUACACAAAUUUUAAAAUGAAACUUUCUUUUAUAAAAAUGCUUCAUGCGAAAUAAAAAAGGUGAAAGUUUGGAAUCUAUUUCUUACAACUAACAAAAAUGUUGAGUAAAACUACAGGCAUGUAUGAUUAAAAUUUGGCAGAAUGACUAGUGAGUAGGCUGCUUUGGGGCUGGAUCAGGUGUGGAUCAAAGAGGUGGGAAGCUAGGCAAAUUUAAAGAGUUGUAAUUGGUGGCAAUACAUAGAGGGCUUUUUUUGGUCAUACGAGUGCUUGUAUAGUCGAAGUAGGUUUUUUCUGUUUGUAUUUAUUUAUGAGCAACAAAUCUCUCAGCUUCCCUCAUAUCACAAUUAGCUUUUGUAAUGUACCUCCAUUUCAAAAGCACUUCAUUAUGAAGUAUUUGUGGUGGGUAGUUCAGGAAAUGCAAUUCUUAACUCCUGUUUGAUAUGCAGACCUAGUUGCGUAUAAUUUACCCAAGUCAUUCAUUUACAAUAAGGUCUGCUUCAAUUCCCCACCCCACCCCCAUUUGAUUGGAAUUUUUUUCUAAAAGUCAUUGUUUCUAUAAACAGUUUCUAUAAACUGUUCUAUAAACUGUAGUUUGAUCUUGGCCGUGUUCAUGCAUAUACCCAAAUUGUGUUCGCUAGAAUGUUUAAACAUGUGAACUGUGUGUUCAUUAUGAGAGUUCAGGAUUUCUUGUUGCAAACUUGUUUUUUGCUUUCUGCAAUGACAGAGUUCUUAAAUCUGUGAAAAUUCUCAAGCUCCCAAUGUAAUUUUUUAAACGAUUUAGGUAGUAGAGAUGGUUGACGUUCCCAACAACCCCACACAACUGGAAUACAAAUACUACUUUCUUUCUGUGAGCUAUGCUGAAGGAGAUGACAGCCCUGCCACUGCAGUUCUGCUGCAGCAGUUUAAACCAAAUAUUGAAGAGCUGGUUUUGGACACAAAAAGUGGGAAGCAAGCAAAAGGUGGCACAAAGCGCAAGGUAUGGCUUUGAGAGCAGGCAGUUUUUUUAAAUUGCAUUUCCAGAGAAGUACCAGUCUGUUAACAGCAGAGAGUCUAGUGACACGUUAAAGGCUAACAAUUUUAUUAAGGCAAAAUAAAUAGCCAGCUUUAUUAUGGCAUAAGCUUCAUGCCAUUGUAAAAUUGUUAAUCUUUAACGUGCUACAUGACCAGUUGUUGUUUAUUUAGUUUGUUUCCUACGUAAAAAGUCUUGGAAGUGGAAUGCCAAAAUUCAAUGUAUUGCAAUUUUCAGCAAACCUCUCAAUUGAAAAACAUCACCACCACACCAGAUAUGUUAAUCUACAAAAAUCAUUUGCCACAUAUGCAAUCUAUCCCCUGCACAACACCAGCAUGAACAUUCAAAUUAUCCUAGUUGAAGGUAAGCAGAGAAUUAUUGAGGUACAUCUUGGCUUCUGGCUGAGUGAAUCAUGGUCAAGAAUAAGUGCAACUAGAUUUCUUUGGUUACAAGGCAGAAAUGGAAGAAAUUGGGUUUGAGGAGCAUUCCAGUAUUCUGCCAUUCUAGCCAUCAUUCUCCAUUUUUAAAUAAUGAUACUCAAAUUACCGUAAGUAUUUAAUGACCUAGUCCUCUAUGGUUCAGUAACUUUCAUAUAGUUUUAAAGAAAUUUUCACAGUGUUUAUGUAAGUAAUGUUUGCUUACAUCUUUAGAGGCAAUUCCUAAAAGUACAUUAUAGGAGCAUGCUGUUGUAUGGCACAGCCACCUAGGAACCUGAGUAUUUAAUUUCCUUACCUAACAUGGAAACAUUAAAUCAUGAGGAUAGAUGCACUGUCAUUUACUAGUAUGUGUGUUUUCUUGAGUAGCAACUUUUAGGGCUGUAGAACUGAUUCAGAAAAUAUGAAUCAAUUAAUCCUUUAGCUUUUAAACUGUGCAAGAUUUCAUGGGAAUAAAACUAUAGUUUUGAAGUGGAAAUAUGUUUAUAGAAGCAUGUAUAUGUCUCAGUAAGCCCUGUCUGCGGAAAAGUAGUUGUGGGCCCCUAUGAUAGAGGGCAGGGCUGACCAGCUGACAUGGCCAUGGUGUUGUGUGAAGUAUUUUCAUGCCAUCUUAAAUUCAAGCUGGUCUGCAAAGUACAAAUGUUCCUUUGCCUGCAGAGUUUCAAACUGUGCGGGCAAAGGAAGCAUUUCUCUUUCUGCUUUAUUUGUCCACAUGAUUUGAAAUCUGACCGUUUGACAAAGAAAGCAGAGUUUUCAGCCAUUGGCAACCUGUGUUUGGCAGGGAUGGGUUCCACUUGGGAAUUCCUGAGUGGAACCCAUCCUAUUGAGGCUUGCAUUUGGAGCCAGAAAUUUAAAAGACACUGAACACAAGCCCCUCUUGCCAAGCGCAAUGGAAGGCUCCAGAUAGUUCUUCUGCAGCUGCCCCACAUUGUCAGAGGCAUGCCUGCUGUUGCUUUCCAUGAAAAAGACAAAUUCAGUGCUGUGACCCGUAUGCCUAUAAUUAGAACUUUGAACCCAGUUUUUAACUGCACCUGGCUAAAAGAGGUUUCCUGCUAUUCUCUAGUUGUCUGGUGAUCCGUGUCCUACUGAACCCAAGAAACCAAAGCGGUCUGGAGAAAUGUGUGCCUUCAAUAAAGUUCUAGCUCACAUUGUAGCAAUGUGCGAUACAAAUAUGCCAUUUAUAGGACUUCGUAUGGAGGUAAGUAACAUAAUUUCCGUUGUGCAAGAGACGGUCAUGUUGACAAGUCUUUUUAAACAGGGACUUUUCUUUGUAUGGGAAAGAGCCUAGACCUCAGCUUCAAUAGUAGGGAGGAACAAUUAGACUAUAAAGCCAUUGGGGAUGAAAGAGACUCUUGCUUUGACUUUCCUGUUCAGCUAUGCUAACUGCUGGCUUAGGCACAAAGCUCAGGGUUUGCCAGAAUGUGAAUAAUUUAGUCAUAGACCAGAAAGCAUUGUGCUCAGCUUGGUAAAACAUUUUGCUAACUACCAUAAAUAUCCAUUGGUGUGUUGGGUUUAAUCGGUUUUAGGGAUGACUUGCGUGGCGAACCUUGGGACUUGCAAAUAAAUUAUUUGUGUGAUAAUUUGGGGAAACUGUUACGUAGAAGAAGUUGGAUGUAUUAUGUCAAUGGUGAGGAACCUGUGGCUGUUCAGAUGGUGCUGGUUUACAACUUCCAUUGUUACUAUUGACCAUGCUGGCUAAGACUGGAGGGCCACAGGUUCCCCAACACUAUAUAUAAACUGGAAAGGAGGAGGUGUAGCCAUUGUUGGGAGUGCCGUUUCUAAUAAUCUAAUGGGUGAAGGGUUUGGAAAGUAGAUUGAAGCAGAGUUCUCAGCAAUAAUCUGCAAUGAGGUAGGAGCAUAGAUCCUUCACUUAAUGCUGCAGAAGAUACUGAUACCUUGCCAGGUACAAGGAAGUUCAACUUUCUCCAUUCUCUUAAACCCUUGUGAAGGGCGUCUCAGCCUGUCAUUGCCUCUGGUACCAUCUGAAUCACUACCUGUGUGAUAUAUAGCUCAUACUGUAGAUGCUAAGGAUCAGGUAGGCCAUUUAAUACCCUGUAUUAGGACGGAAAAUGUUGGAAGUUUCACUUGGCUGAAUGGGCCAGUUGUGGUGGCAGGGGGGAUGCUCUUUAGCCUGGACUUUUCUCUUGCUAUGAAAAUAUAAAAAAUGUGAUUUGUUUUGUUUCAGCUAUCCAAUAUGGAGAUCCCACAUCAAGGAGUCCAGGUUGAAGGAGAUGGCUUCAGUCAUGCUAUUCGUUUAUUAAAGUAAAGAGAUUAUGCCACACUUUCAUUAAUGUGUACAAUAUUCCAUGAGUGAUGGAAGGGGAGGAAAGUAUUUAAUAUACAACAUGUUGUAGAAUUAAAACUCAUCUUGUAUUAUAUUAUACGUUUAUUCAUUUAUAAAACUGAAAGUUUUACAACAAUAGUUGUAGAGUAAAAAAAACACCCACCCAUCUUCAGACACUUUUUAAAGGCAUACAUAGUGCAGAAAAGUGAACAGCAGGUUGACACUAAUUUUGGCACAAUAAUUUUAUUUCCUGCCGCCCCUUACUUAUCCUUAAUUUUUCUUAGCUUUAUUUUAUGUAGCAGCAUCCUGGAGAAGUAUCAAAACCAAACAACAAAAUUUCACUACUUCCUCGUUGCUAUGAAUUAUGUGAAUUUUAUUUUUUCUCCUUUUUUUUGAUUGAUUAAAAAUUGCAUAAAUUGCUGAAAGAUGAUACCUCAGUAUGCUGUUGCUAUUUUACAUUUUCUAGUAACUUCAGAGUUUCCUUGCAGGGACACAUUUUAUUGUACAAAUUAUAUUCUCCAGAAAACAUUGAGCAGCUUACGUUGAAUUGUUUGGCUGUGAGACUAAAAUAAGUACAUGUCUUACCUUUAUCCUUUUCAACAGAAUUCCUCCAUGUAAGGGUACAAGUGAAGAAACCCAGAAGGCUCUAGACCGUUCCCUUCUCGAUUGCACUUUUCGACUGCAAGGUAGAAAUAACCGCACAUGGGUUGCUGAACUGGUGUUUGCAAAUUGCCCACUUAGUAAUAGCACUUCCUCCAGGGAGCAAGGUUAGUGUUCCAACUUAUGCUUGUUCUGUCUUGCACUUCCCUACUUUCUGCUUAUGUUUUCUGUGUGCCAAUGUGAUUUGACCAUAUUGGACCAUUUCUUUCACUUUGUAGGACCUACCCGUCAUGUGUACCUCACAUAUGAAAGUCAAUUGUCUGAACCAGUUGGUGGACGAAAAGUAGUUGAGAUGUUCCUCAAUGACUGGAAUAGCAUUGCUCGCUUAUAUGAAUGUGUGUUGGAAUAUUUCAGAUCCUUACCAGGUACAUAAAUACAUUCUUCUUUGUUCUUAUGUUGCUGUAUGAGGUCUACCGAAACAAUUCAUAUAUCUAUUUUUGUAUCUUUCCCCAUCCACUUUCUUUCACCUUAUGAAGAAAUACCCAGCCAUCUAAAAGUUUUCUCGGAGGUCCGAAUCUACAAUUAUCGGAAGCUAAUUCUUUGUUAUGGAACUACUAAAGGAAGUUCAGUAAGUAAUUUUUUUGGAGAAGGGAUAAACCAGGAUUUAGUUUCACUUUGCCUGAUUUCUAGCUUGUCUUUAUGUACCAACCAGGAUUUGUGGUUUAAAAUUAAUGCUAGUCAUUUUCUAAAUAAGCCAACUUCUAACCAUGGAUAAUGAAGCUGGCUUGUUUUAACAAACCAGUUUACUCUUAAAGUACGAUUUUCUGGUUCACAGGGAAGAACAAGAUAGGAAUAAGUGAAAAUGAAAGUGAAUUUGGGUCUGUUACUCUUCCUAGCUGUGCUAAACCAUAGUUUAGUGAUUACAUGCACAUCCUCCUGCUGAGUUGUGAAACAGUUGCUUGCUUAGAUGUUGUUGGAUUAUUUUCCAUUAAAGCUCUUACUUGUUUUUUAUAGAUCAGCAUUCAGUGGAACUCUGCACACCAGAAAUUCCACAUAUCAUUAGGAACAGUUGGACCAAACUCAGGUUGCAGUAACUGUCAUAAUACGAUCCUGCAUCAGCUCCAAGAGAUGUUCAAUAAAUCACCAAAUGUAGUCCAACUUUUACAGGUAACUAACCCUUCUCCCCAACCUGCCCUUGGAAGAGAAAUGUUUGAUUCAAAAUGCAAAAAGCACCAAAGGACAAAUUCUGUUCCCAGUUCUCAGGAGUAUCAUUUAGCACAAGAGGCCAAUAAUGACUUGUGUGUAGGGCUGUAGGGGAGAAUAAGCUCAUUCAUUACAUAUUUAACCUGCUGUUAAGAGUUUGCUUUUGAUUAAAAAAAGAGUGUGUGUGGGAAAGGUUGAUAUGAACAUUUAAUACACAAUAAAUAAGCCAGCAGGUUCUUACCCCUGGUAAAAACAACUUUAAAGCUGCAUUUAUGUUGAUUGUUUCUAAAGGCUAAGUAUAUUUCGUUGGCUAUUGUGAAACUAAACAAGUUUUGUUUUUACUUGCAGGUUUUGUAUGAUACUCAGGCUCCAUUAAAUGCUAUCAAUAAGCUCCCAACUGUGCCAAUGCUGGGACUGACACAACGCACCAACACUGCCUACCAAUGUUUUUCAAUUCUGCCUCAGUCACCCACACACAUCAGGCUGGCCUUUCGGAACAUGUACUGCAUUGACAUUUACUGUCAAAGCCGUGGGGUGGUGGCAAUUCGCGAUGGAGCAUACAGCCUUUUUGACAACAGUAAAAUUGUGGAAGGCUUUUACCCUGCACCAGGACUAAAGGUCUUUUUAUCUUUAUUUUACAGUGUAAUUAAAUAAGGCUGGGUUCCCAUUAAUAUUUCAGAAAGUUUUGCUUAAGAGGAAAUGCCCUUUGUAAGGGGCUGGCAACUGUAGCUCCUCCAAAUAAAUUUUAUUUUUAGGACUCUAGGUUGUCCAGUGCUAAGGGGAUUAAAUAGCUUGCUCUGCACUUUUUUAGGAUAUAAUGACAGUGUUGGGCAUGGGGUUUGGACAGUAACAUCCUUCAGAUCACUUUUGGGUGUUUUCACAACUGCUACUCAAUACUUUUUGGCUACUGAAAGCCAAAUUCAGGUAGCAAGAUGGAAUAGACUCCUGCCUGACAUCUUGGAGAGCUGCUGCCAUUCAGAGUGCUCACUGCUGGGCUGAAUGGACCAUUCUGUGACUUAAUAUGUCAUAUCCAUCAUUUUAUGGUGUUUUAAAAAACUUGAGUUUUCUAUGAGUUGUGCUUUUUCAAGUGUAGUGCAGCUGAUCUUAUCGAAGUAACUUUCAGUUUCUGUCCUGGAUGCCAUUUUUUAAUGGUACAGAAAAAUCUUCAAAAGGAGUACUUUUAGAAGACAUCUGAAGGCAGCCCUGAAUCGGGAAGUUUUUAAUGUUUGAUGUUUUACUAUGUUUUAUAUAUGCUGUAAGCUGCCCAGAAUGGCUGGGGAAACCCAGCCAGAUGGACAGGGUAUAAAUAAUACAAUUAUUUGUGAUUUAUGAUCCCUUUCAUGGAACAGAAUUCAGCUGCUUCUACAGACACUGACUAGCUGAAAUAAUUAUAAAAUCCUUGAAUAUUGCUGUUAAGGUUGAUCUAGAUGUCUGGUAGAUACAAUAGGAAGACAUGUUGACUCAUAAAUCUGAAUACUCUAUAUCCACAGACAUUUCUGAACAUGUUUGUUGACAGCAAUCAGGAUGCACGAAGACGAUCUGUCAAUGAAGAUGAUAACCCACCAUCUCCUAUUGGAGGGGACAUGAUGGAUUCAUUGAUAUCACAGCUUCAGCCACAGCCGCAGGUUGUAUGUGUGCAGUAUAAGGCUCCCAGUAUAAGGCUAAGCCCCUAUGAUUACGGUGAUCAUUUCUAACAAAUGUGUAUGUCCAAAGAGAUAACAACAGCAAGUGAGGUCAUAUCCUCCUUAUUGUACUUGCGUAGCAAUAUUUAUAGCUCUUCCUGGCCAACAGUAAGUGAAAACUUAUACAUAACAACAUAUUUUAAAAUGUAGUGGUGAUUUAUGAAGACCUUGGGAGGGGGCAGAAUGAGGAUGGCAACUGACCUCUCCCCAGGCCUUAGACAUUGCUAGAGCAUAUUCAUGGAAUGCCAGAGGUUCUAAGUAUUGUGUCAGAAUCCCCAGUGAACCACUGUCAGUCAGUGUAGACACUGAACUGGAGGAAGUAAUGGUCUAAAUUUGUGUAAGAUACGUGCCUAAUACAUCAACGUGUGUAAGUUAGAGUGGAUGUUGAUGUCCAGUGCGUAAGCUGUUGGCUAGAAGCAGUAAAGUACAGACCACAUAAUAGACUUGGAGAUAUAAUAGAAAGGGAAAAUGGCUCUUGGAAUCAAUGGCUUAUGUUGGUAGUUUGUGGAAAGGUAGUGUAAAGAAGUGAAAUGCUACUCUAGAAAUUCAGCUUUAAUGAAGUCCAAUGCCUGAGGACAGAACUUCUAAGUAUUAGAUAUUUAAGCAUGUAGAAUUGUUGGGAUCUAUAUUUUACUAUAUCUAAUAAAGGUCUUAUUUCAACAGUCUUCAAAACAGACAGGAGCACCAGGGGCUUACCCAUUGACAUCACCCCCUACAUCAUAUCACAGUACAGUCACCCCGUCACCUUCCAUGAUGCACACGCAGUCUCCAGGUAAGACGGCUGCCUUUUAUGCAUCACCAGUAGCAGUUCAUGGCAUUUAGUGUUCCUAAGGUGUUUCAUAAAUGAAUUGUGAUGCGCCCUGUGUUUUUAUAAAUCACUGUACCUUCAAAUAAUCUUGACAACUUACUAAAAAGAGAGUUCUCUUUAAACUUGGAGAGGAAUAGUUGGGCAGUACGUAACGUAGUUGCUGUCCUGAAUGUCCCCUUUAGGAACGCUACAUCCUGCAAACUCUCCGAGCGGUGCAUUAAGAGCACCGUCACCAGCAUCAUUUGGUCCAACUCCUUCUCCUUCAUCUCUUGGAAUCACAAUGGGACAAAAUACGAACUAUGCUAGCCCACAUGGUAAGCCCAUGACUUGUACAGCUGGAUACUGAUAGAAAACUGACACUUCAGAUACCGUAAAACAAACAACCCCUUUUCCUGACUCUGGGAAAGCGCACUGCUCCAUUCCCUGUUGGGAUGCAGGCUCUGAAAUGACAGCAACUGUUUCUUCACACACCUGAACUGUUGCUCCUACUUAAUCAGGAGCCGCUGCUGCUGACAAAUCGCCGACUUUAUCAGCCCCAACAUAGCAGGGAGGAAAAAUUGGAGCAAAUGGUUUCUAAAAUCUCUUGAGUCAACAGACAUUGUCCUGCAGCCUUCAGUGGUAAGCAGAGCAAGCAAGCCCCCUAUCAAUGAAUAGACUGAGCAAUAAAGCAUUCAUUUUUUAAGAUUCACCACUUAAAAAUGUACGUAAUCAAGGCAUGUUUGAUGUGUUAGGCUUUAGAUAGGCAGGGUCUAGGAAGGCUAUGGAUCCUGGUGUACAGAUAGUACACCCAGAGAAAGCUGCCUACAAUUUUCUUGCAAUUUCCAUAGGUCCUAUAGAUCCUACUUCACCGUACACAAUGAUGUCUCCAAGCCAGCGUCCAGGGAAUUGGCCAGGCUCGCCCCAGGUCUCUGGUCCCUCUCCAGGAGCACGCAUGCCUGGAAUGUCACCAGCGAACCCUUCUUUACAUUCUCCAGUACCAGAUGCUUCCCAUUCCCCAAGAGCGGGAACAAGUAAGUAAUAUCAACAAGAGGCUGCAAAGCCAAUAGAGGGGAUGUUCAAACUUAGUAUUUCACUACAAAAAGCUGUUGACAUGGUUAUGGCAACCCAGUUAGACAAAGGCAGGCAGGCAUACAGGCAGGGAUAGCUUAAUUGGUAGAGCAUGAGACACUUAAUCUCAGGGUUGUAGGUUUGAGCAAAAAAAUUCUGCAUUGCAGGGGAUUGGACUAGAUUACCCUCAUGGUUCCUUCCAACUGUAGAGUUCUGUGAUUCUAUGACUGAGUUAUUUGUUAAUGCAAAAUAAACAAAGUACAUUAAUCAAACAUUAUUGUGAUUUGAAGCUAAGGUGACUGUGCAAUCAGCUUAACUCUGGAAUAGUGAUCUGAGUAGUUAAUCCUCUCCGUUUGCAUGAGGGAAAUAGAGGGAAUUGGACACAGCCAUUAACUGUUUCUUAGUCUUUGGAAUUGUUGGGGUGCUGAGUUUGGGAAGUUUUCAUUAUGCCAAGUCUUACAGGGAACUGCCUAGCAUUUUAAAUGUAUGUAAAUAGCCAUGCAUCCCUAGACAGGAAGAGUGAGGUGUGCUUUUUCUUAUUUCUACUAGGUUCCCAAGUAAUGCCAACAAAUAUGCCGCCACCUCGUAAACUACCUCAUCGCUCUUGGGCUGCAUCCAUACCCACAAUUCUCACUCACAGUGCCUUGAACAUUCUUCUUCUGCCCUCUCCCACCCCCGGGCUUAUGCCGGGGCUGGCUGGAAGCUAUCUCUGCUCUCCACUUGAACGUUUCCUUGGAUCAGUUAUCAUGAGAAGACAUCUCCAAAGGAUUAUCCAGCAGGAGCCGGUACGUAAGGACUCAACAUGUUUAGUUCCUUACACAAUCACUUUAAAUUUAGACUUCUCCUAGCUUCUGUGCAAUAAGAGAAGUAAAUUUUUGUUGUGCAGCCACAAGGCCUUGUGCUAACGUAACUGCUAUGUUGGGUUCUGCCCAUUGAAAUUAAUGAACUUGUAUGAGUCACGGCCAUUACUUUUAGUAGCUCUACUAUGACUUCGUUGGAUACAGCCUAAUAGAUGUUAACCAUUCUGCAUUUUAAGAGGUGUGAAAUGGGAUGUGAUUUGUGAUGUUUUAACCACAUUGAGUUGGUAUACUGCAUUGCUGAAGUUGAGGACGGUGGUUUUUAUUUUUUCUGCCCAUAGGGAAUACUUUCUACAAGUCUGCCAAAGAACUCUUACAUGUUGACUGUGGAGUCCUGAGCAGAAAAUUCUGGGGUGCACACUCAGUUUGUGUAAGUGGUGGUGGGGCUAGCUCCGCCCCCCCCCAUGCAAACUAAGACUGCAUCCUUGAAUCAUUUGGAAUGGUGCUCAAGUGGCUUUCAGACAGCUUUUCUGCCAUUACCAGUUUCUUCAGCAGGUAGCUCCUGGAUUCCUACCAAUGCAAGUGGAAAACUGCUUAUUUAGCACUUCUGAUUUGAAAAACAUGGUCCAAACUUUGGCUAAGCUGUAAACUCUUAUUAUUUGCGUAGGACCAUCCAGUAUUUGCUAGGAUUAGUGAAACAGGAAUUUGUAUUGACAAAUCUCAGGGCUUGUAGGGGAAAGCCAGAGGGAAGAAGUUGAAUAAUAACAAUAUAAGAACUGGUUGUUGUUGUUUUUAAAAAAGCAGAAGCAGCACUUUCCUCUUAGCAGAUAAGGCGGGGGGUUCAUAAGACAAUGCACCCUGCUGAGACAAUAGAGAGCAUCUCAUUUUCCCAAGCCUGCUUGGUUAAUGGUCAGGGAUAAUGGGAGUUGUAGUACGGCAACAACUGGGAACCCAAGAUUGGGGAAGGCAGGUGGAGAUGUACCUGACAAGCUACAUGCAGCCAACCUUAAAAUGCUUAGGGUUUGUGAAUUUUUUGCUCCUGCUGCUUAGAGUAUAAUGAAGUGUGGGCAGCAGCUUAUUUCUUGCAUUCUAAUCAACUGUCUUGGCUUUUAAACAGCUACAGCUUAUGAACUCCAAUGAACCAGGUGUAAUAAUGUUCAAGACAGAUGCCCUGAAAUGUAGAGUUGCCCUCAACCCUAAAACUAACCAGACCUUGCAGCUAAAAGUAGCACCUGAAACUGCAGGGCAGUGGAAACAAGAAGAACUGCAGGUUUUGGAGAAAUUCUUUGAAACCAGAGUAUGUACCCCAUCUUACUUUAUUUGUAAUUUGAAGUUUGAUAAGAUUUUUGAAAACCACAUUCAUAAAAUAAGUUCAUAAUACACCACACAUAUGUGAUUCAUGUCCAGUGAGCUUAUGCAGAACAUACUCAUGCCAGUUCAGCACCUCCCUAAAAGCUGCCAGGCUGACAUUGAUGUUCCAUGUGAUUUUUCUCCUUUGUAUGUUCCUGUGCUGAUGCUUGUGUUGAUAAUGAACUGGGCCACUUCAUAUUCUUACGGUUUUUACCUAACUUUCCAGCAUUUAUUGUACAGAAUUUCAAUUUGUGAGAUUGCCAUAAUGGGAAUUUCACAUCCUUGUGCUGUUAUUUUGAUUUCAGUAGGAUUUGUGAUAUGGAUUAAGAGCAGGAUUGAAGAAUCAUUGAGCUGCCUAAAGAAAUUCUAAUAACACAUUGCAUUCACUGUAGGUUGCAGGACCACCCUUCAAAUCCAAUACUCUAAUAGCCUUUACAAAGCUGUUAGGGGCACCUCCACACAUUCUCCGGGACUGUGUACACAUUAUGAAACUAGAGCUGGUAAGUUAGUUUUAAUGUCUUCGCAACAUUCUGUAUUUUUUCUCAUAAACCAGACUGGAUUGUUCAUCUGUAUUUUUCUGUGGCAUGUUUUAUUGAAACAGUUUCCCGAUCAGGCCAGCCAGCUGAAAUGGAAUGUACAGUUUUGUUUGACAAUUCCUCCAAGUGCUCCACCAAUUGCUCCUCCAGGAACACCGGCCGUUGUGCUGAAAUCCAAAAUGUUGUUCUUUGUAAGUAGAGCAACUAAGUCAGUUCCAUGUUUGGUGCAGUCUUUGACAGUGUCCAGUUGUAAGGAGUAGUCUAAAUAUGACUUCCGUCAGCCAUUGUGUAAAUAGCAAAUGAGAUACCUAAUUACAGAAUAUAUUGUCCUAUUCUCAUCCCCUUGAAGUCUAAGAACUGAAUUGUUCUGGUUAUACAUGAAAGUGAGGGGCAGAUGGAGUCAUCAACCUAGGAAUGUAGCCCAUGAAGGAGAAGAAAAACUCUAUUCCUAAACCUCUGCUGCCUUGUGGGAUAUCCUCAGAAGGACAGGCUAAGGAGUAAAACCUACACAAAUCCGGAGUGGAGUCCAUAAGACAGUUGGAUGACAUCUUGUAUGCCUUCCUUCUGGCAACUCCUGCAGCCAAGCUGGUUCUAAACAUAUUGCUCUGCUUCCCUUUGGACCACAUCAGUAUGUCAGGAGGAGGGAUCUUGUCGUCUGGGCAGCCCAGGACCUACACACACACACACACACACACACACUGCCCAGGCUUGUGCCCCAGGGUACUACUAACACAGUGGACCCCGGAGGUGCACUCCAUUAUCUCUCAAGACAUAUGGAUGCCAGUAACAAUAUAUGAAACCAAAAUAUAAAAUUUCAACAUGUUCCAUUGCUUCAAUUGGGGUUAAGGAUGACUAAAUGCUGAAGCUGCUGCUUCUGCUGUAAGAGGCCGUGACUAACACAUGACUCUAUGCAAUUAGACCCAUAAUCAAUUUCUUUACAAACAGGGCACUAUAUUUGAUUUGUGCUAGUAUUUCUUUUCACAUAUGCCAUGUAAAAGGCACCUACUUUUUCCAUAAUAUGUAGCUUUGAAAGUUUGCAUGUGUGGAGAUGGUUAUGUAGACCCAUUUUGAUAAGCAGUUUAUGUAAUUGCCAGUGUGUUUAAAGUGAACACUUCGGAUUUAAAAAACCCAGCUGACAUUGAAAUAGGAUGAAUGGUGAAGAUAAUCUUACUUUUUGCAAUAUCACCAUUCCAAAUUUCUUUAAAGAAAAAUUGGACAGUACAUAGUGCUUAUUUCUAAAUCUCCCAGUUUCCCUUUUGUACUACAAAGCAAUUUGGAUUGUAAAAAAUUGUGUUCAUAUAUUACUCCUGAAUGCCCAGUAGGGAAAUUAGGGCAUUUCAAGCUGCACUAGGACUUUUGGUGCACUUUGGUUUAGUUAUCAGUUUGAAACGGUUCUGAUUUAAGUUUGGAUAACUAAUUUGUGUCGGUCGUAUAUUGGCUUUCAUUUUUCCUCUUGAGCUAAGGAAUGCAUUCAAACUGGCACAGUAAUAAAGACCAUGCCUUAACUCAUGUGAUGUUGCCAUAUCUACAUCAAAGGUAUAUUGCAAGAUUACUGUGAUUACUUUUUGCAUAUUCUAUUCUGUUCACAGCUUCAGCUAACACAGAAGACUACAGUUUCACAGGAAGCCAUGAGCAUAAUAGUCCCCAUCAUUUAUGAUAUGGCUUCAGGUACGACACAACAGGCAGACAUCCCCAGACAGCAGAACUCUUCAGUUGCUGCUCCCUUGAUGGUUAGCAAUAUUCUAAAGAGGUUUGCAGAACUGAAUUCGCCACGACCAGGUACUGUACAUGUCCAGUAGGUCAAAACUUCUGCAUGCUUGAAUGGACAGAGUCCAACCUUUUAAAGUUUUUAAAUUUCACUUUACCACCAGUGUUGCUUUGCCUUUUUUUUUUUUUGGUUUCGUGAAAACUGACCUCAUAAGACCUGGCUUCGGAUUACUGCAUGUUAGUGAUAAAUUGUUGAAUAUAUACCUCUCUGUGGUGCCAGAAGGGUUGUAUUAUUGACACAACAUGGACUUUAUGACACUGACCAAGGAAGUGUAAUGCACUUAAUGACUUGGCUCAUACUACUGUAGUCAUAGCGACACGAUUUUAACUUUUGUCAUGUGAGCACUGUGUAUAUAUUUCUGUGAAAACUAGUGCUUGUUAAGUCAUCUUGCACUGUAGGAAUGUCUUCCCAUUUCUUGUAAUUUUACUGUUACAAGGUUUUACUACCUGUCUUGUUCUCAAUUGUACUCCUCUGAGGAAAGCCUGGGGUCCAGGAAGAUGGAACUACUUAUAAAUUAUUCCAUAAAGUAUCACUUUACAGCUCUGGCUUAUACUUUCUGUAUCUCAUGACUAACAUCUUGCCUUGACUGUAUCUUCUCUCUUAUUUAUGCUGCCUGCUUUGUUUCUGUGAGAAACUUUUGUAUUCAGUUUCACUUUUCCUUUAAUAAAAGUGUUAGAAACUUUUGAAAAGUGAUUUUUUUAACAGUUUUAUUCUUGGGUAUGAUAUUUUUACCCAAGACACUAACUUCUUCAAUGGAAGAUUUUCUCCCCUCAAAGGAUACCUUUGUUGCUUACUCGUUCUUGGUUUAACAAUUAAAAAAUCAUUAUAUUAGUUUAGGGUUGUUUUUUUAAAAAAGUGCCAGCAUAUUCUUAGUGUAGUGUUACAGCAUAGACAUGAACACUGAUUCUGAGACUGCACUGUGUGGAUACACAUACCAUUUGACUACAUUGAAGCAGCUUAUAGGAUUGAUGUGGUAUGUGUGUGUGCCUCUUCAAAUGCUUGCCUUUACUUUUGGCAACACUCCAUCCUGAACCCCUGAUCGUCACUGAGGUAACUGCGAUGUUGGGAGGGGUUAGCCUUGUGUUUCUACCUGGGCAGUAAGGUUCAAGGUGAGUUAUUCAACAUCCAUGCUGCGUGUCACUAGCAGUUGGAAUAUCGUGCAUGCCACCCAUAAUUCAUGCAUGCUCCAAAGAGCAACUUUCAGCUACCUUGGCACUGACUAUUGUGGGAGGGAAAUGCAGGUAUAGCUUCUAUACAUAACUAAACAAGCGUCAUCUUUGCCAGUGAGGCAUUUUGUCAUCAGGCUUUACUACACAGGGCCAUGGGGCUUUAUUGAAAGGGAGGGGGGAGUUAUUGGAAUUGGCAUUUGCAGUUUUGUUCCAUUACUCUAAAAUAUAAUGGCAUAAAAAAUAAUAAAAUGUAUGCCAUCUAAACUGAAGUUUAGAGAAGACUUCAUGGCUACUUUUCACUGCUUUGUCAUUCUGAAAUUGUAAGUGGAAGCACAAUGCACAUGUAAGUAACCUAUUGUCUAUUAGAGCAUUCCUGUAAAAUCAAAUCCUCAUCAAGAUUCCUAAUCCUUAGAAGUGUCCACAGCAGCACCAACAAACCAGCUCCAACACCAGCAGUAUAGCUUAGCUUGCUGUGAUUGUAUUUGCCUAUCAGGAGAUACUGGCUGAGCUGUUACUUUUGAACUGGACAAUUAUCUUUGUCUCCGAGUCUUUAUUGCCAAGGAAGUUUGGUUAUCAGUCAGCUUUGCAUCCCUCCUUUCCUCCAAGGAGCUGAGGGUAGCACAUGUUGGGGGGUGUUGUAUGAACUCUGCUGGGCUGAGAAAUAGGCACUCACCCAAUGCCAUAUGAGGCAGGGUUUUGAAUCCAGGUCUCCUUGACCCAAGACCAACAUUUUGCACCACUCUUGGGUUUUUUGCUGCAUUUGGAGACUCCUAAUGGUCCAGUUGUGGUUGAGUGGGCAAACUGCACCUUAUCAACAUGUUGAUUUAUAUUUUCCACCCAAGCUGGCUACGCUAUUUCCAGUAGGUUAGAAUAAAGCAAACUUGCUUAACGUUGAAGUUCUUUGAUUACUGUUGCACCUGGUUAUAAUUGCCUAUUUACAAAAGUUUGAGUUGUGGCGUGCCUUGUGACAAAAAUUGAAAUGCAUUUGAUUAAGUUUAUCACUUGCCAUAACCCAGCUUGUUUUUUCUCCAGCUAACUUGUGUUUCUUUCCCUUGUUCUAGGUGAAUGUACAAUCUUUGCAGCUGUUCGUGAUUUAAUGGCUAACCUUACACUGCCCCCUGGUGGGCGUCCAUAGGCUAUUUUUAAGCAAAGGGUAAAAAUGAGAUGAAGAGGCAAAAACAUUUCUCUGAAAUAAGCCUUCACUUAUAUAAAAUGGAAGAGACAUUUUCACGUGUCACAUUUUAAAAAGAGCUAAUACAAUGGAUUGGCCCACUUUCAGGGAUGCACUUUCAUCAGACUUUUUGUACAGCACUCUGUAUGAUGUUUUACGGAGACAUUUCAAAGUCGUAAUAGAUUUAUGUAUCCGCUUGCCAGUAAAUAGAGUUAAUAUUCUGUUUUAUACUACAAAGAUUAUGAAAAUGCCAAAAUUUGUUUAUUUAAAUGUUUUUUCUUAUGUCUUGGUGUAAUAGUCUUUUUUUAAAGGCAGGUCUGUCAUUUUUUGAAUACUGUAAAACUGUGACAAACUUUAUAUUGAAACUGUAUUUUAAUAUGACUGCUUUGAAUCCUUACAUUUAAAUCUGGGCUUGUUGUAAACAUGUCCCCCCAAAAGCAAUAUUUAAUAAACUAGAUUUAAAAAAA